AUGCCGCGCAGCGGCCUGGCCCCGGAGGACGAGGGCGGCUCCCUGACGGUGUAUCUAAUCGUCUCCCUGGCCCUCGUCUCGCUCCUCUUCCUCGCGUCCGCCACAGCCUUCGUCGCUUGCCAGGGGCUGCUCGACGGCUUCUCGGACGCGCACAUGCCGCGCAGCGGCCUGGCCCCGGAGGACGAGGGCGGCUCCCUGACGGUGUAUCUAAUCGUCUCCCUGGCCCUCGUCUCGCUCCUCUUCCUCGCGUCCGCCACAGCCUUCGUCGCUUGCAAGGUGCGCAAGAGAACGGCGCCGAAAGAGGGCACCGUGCUUUACGGCCCCGGCAACUUCCAGAGCAGCCUGGCCGACGCCGCCGGGACGGCGACUCUGCCCCACGCCUACUGCUACGAGAUCAGCCUCACAACGGGCUCGGGCAACAGCGAGUUCAAGUUCCUGAAGCCGGUCCAGGACCGCAAGGCUUUCACAGGUGUGAGGGUUCUUUCGGGGGCGGGGGAGCGGGCGAGGUGGCGCCGAGCAUUUUUCUUGACGCCUGGGGAGAGUGUCUGCGAAACGCCUCAGUUCAGUCACGGUGGUGGGCUGUUGGCCGCUACAGCAGCAGGGGCUCUGGGCAUGCCAAGGCGCCUGGAAGCCAGUGAGGUGCGGCUGCAGAGCCCCGCUUUUGCUUCGCGACGUGCUGGAGCGACGGAGCCGUGUGAGGCUGCGGGCUCCGAGGAGAGCUGGGACUAG